AGACCGCCAUUAGAUGAUGUAAUCACGCAAAUGAAUCAGGGCUCACAUCUAUUUCCAUCUUUUUAUGCUGUACAAAAUGUCAUCGAAGCUGAAGCUGCUAAACAUUUGAAAGUUUAUACAGAAAAAAUGAGGCAGCAAAUAGAAAAAGGAAGAAAACAUCUACAUACAUAUGAACCAAAUGAUUUGUAUGGAAGAUUGAAAGAAUAUUAUUCAGCUAUUGAAUUGGUUCCUAUUACUGGAACCUUUAGAGAAUAUCCUGAGCUUGCAGUUAUUCUCAACGCUUGUGUAAGUACCCGUGAAGCUACUAUCCAACAAAGUGCAUCUUGUAGUACUCGUUGGCAUUCAAAUAAUAUUCGAU